AAAGCGUCCGUGUGGAAACCGCAUCUGUGGUGGAUACACACACACAAGGUGGAACUGUCCUGUAGAUAGCUGCACGCUGCACUUGAAUUUAAGACCACAGACGUCCCCCCAACUUGUCUCUGUUGUAUUGUCGCUUGUAUGACAAUCGAUCCUCUGAUUUGUGACACUAUUAUGGCUGGCAGCACCUCCAAGACAGUUCACGAUAUCUUUCAAAGCAUGGAGUACGGGCCGACUUCUUCCAGCUCCGCCACUGCACAGGCCUGGCUGGAGAGCCGCGCCCGCACCCUCGGCCUCUUCAUCAACGGCGCGUUCCUGAACCCGGCCGGAAGACAGCUGACGAGCCUGACGGACGCUAAAGGUGAACGUGUGUUCAGUGUGGUGUGUGCUGGGAAGGAGGACGUCUCCAAGGGCCUGAGCUCCUCCGCCAGCGGCCUGCGGUCGUGGGGCGAGCUGUCCUGCGCCCAGAGGGCCAAAGUGCUGCUAAAGUGGGCGGGCGUCCUGGGUCAGCACGGCCCGUGUGUGGCGGAGCUGAGCGACCUGUCCGGGGCCUCCUGCCCCCCCGCCUCCCUGGUGCGGCUGGCCCAGUACUACUCCGGCUGGGCGCAGCUCCGCGACGCACGCCUGUCCCACUGGAGCCCGCGCGGUGUGGUGGAAGUGGUGGCCUCGGAUGACUGCCCGCUCUACUCCCUGAUGCUCAAAGUCCUGCCAGCGCUAGCCAUGGGAAACGCUGUGAUGGUCGUGCCUGGCCGUGUCGCCGCCCCCUCAGCGCUCCUAUUGGCCCAGCUCUUUACAGAGGCGGGACUCCCUGCCGGGGCCUUGAACGUUUUGCCCGGGGACCCUGUGUCUCUGGGGGCCAUUGUGGCCCAGAGCCCCACCGUCAACUCUGUGACCUACUGCGGCAAUAAGCAGGACGGAGCGGCGCUCUGCAAGGCCACGGCAGGCCUGGGCGUGGCGGUCUCCGUCUCGCCCGCCGUCGGGGCCACGUGCCCCUUCGUCGUGUUCGAGUCGGCCGACAUCGACAGCGCGGUGGACGGGGCGAUCGAGGCCGCGUUCAAGAAGAGGAAGGAGGUCCAGUGGGUGCUGUGCGUGCAGGAGGGCGUCCUGGACGCGGUGCUGGCCCGUCUGAGGCUGCGGCUGGCCGGCCUGAAGUGCGUGUCCCUGGCGAGCGAGGCGGAUCGCGUCCUGGUGGAGGCCGCAGUACAGGGGGCCGUCCAGCAGGGGGCCACGCUGAUCCAGUCGUGCGGACCCCCGGCCUCGGGCCUCCAGUACCCUGCCACCAUGCUGUGUGGUGUGGCCCCCCCCUCACCCUGCGUGGCCAGCCCCCCGCCCUGGCCGCUGCUGCCCCUCAUGACGUUCAGGAGCCACGCGGAAGGAGUGACGCUGGCGAACCACAGUCCUCACGGUCACGCAGCCUCCAUCUGGACGGAAGACCUCACCCUGGCUCUGGAGGCUGCCAAGAGCCUCUCCGUGGGCUCGGUGUGGGUCAACUCCCACUCGGUGUGUGACCCGUCGCUGCCCUCUAGUGGACACAAGGACAGCGGCACCUGUACGGACGGGGGCCAGGAGGGUCUGUACCAGUUCCUCCAGCCCUCCCCCUUCGCCCCCUCUCUCUCCCGCUCCACCCCGGCCCUGGACUACGAAAAGUUUGGAUCGGCUGCGUCGCCCGCCGUCAUUCCCACGGAGAGUGCCCCCAAGUUCUACCGGCAGUUUGUCGCGGGCAAGUCGUGCAAGUCCGAGUCUGGAGGCAGUGUUGCGGUGCAGACACCAGAUGGCGCCAGCGUGCUGGCCUACUGCCCGGACGGAGGCAGGAAGGACGUCCGCAACGCGGUGGAGGCCGCCAUCAAAGUACAGCCUGGCUGGAUGAAGAAGGGGCCUUCUGCACGCGCUCAGUCCCUCUACUCCCUGGCCAAGGAGCUGGAGGCAAAGAGGCCGGAGCUGGCCGCAGCCAUCAGAGCCCAGACCGGCCUCUCAUUGGACGAGGCUGACCUGGAGGUGGAGCUAAGCGUGGACCGGCUCACUGAUUGGGCGGCACGCUGCAGCCAAACCCAGGGCGGUGCUCCGGCCGUCCCCCAGGCAGGCUCCGCCCUCUCCCUCCCCCAGGCGCUGGGCGUGGUCGGGGUCGUCCUCCCCGACCACAAGCCCCUCCUCUCCCUGGUGACGCUGCUCGGGGCGGCCGUCGCCAUGGGCAACGCCAUUGUCAUGGUGCCCAGUCAGCGGUACCCGGUCCCAGCCUUGACUUUCAUCCAGGUGCUGCAGGCGUCCGACCUGCCAGCGGGCCUGGUCAACAUCAUUCCCGGCGCCCGCGAUCAGCUGACUGCGGCUCUGGCCAAUCACAACGUGAUCAAGGCCAUCUGGUACUGGGGCAGCCCUGAGGGCUGUCAGUACCUGCAGCACACCUGCACCGGGCCCUUCAAGACCCUGUGGCUCCACAGCGGGGGUCCCGCGGCGGAGGAGGAGGCCUGCUGGGCCCCCACCAGCACCUCCUUCCUGGAGGAGACCUGGAACCAGUCCACCCAGUGGAGGAGCGUCUGGAUCCCCACCGCCUAGGCUCCACCUCCACCUCCACCUGGCUGGACCACCGUCAUCUUCAUCACCAUCACCAUCACCAACUAGGCUGGAUCAUCAUCAUCUUUAUCACCAUCAUCACCACCACCUUGGCUGAAACCUCCACCUACACCAUCACCUAAUUCGGAUUCCCACCCACACCACCACCUAGGGUGGAGCUCCACCAACACCACCACCAAGGGUGGAGCUCCACCAACACCACCACCAAGGGUGGAGCUCCACCAACACCACCACCCAGAGUGGAGCUCCACCAACACCACCACCAAGGGUGGAGCUCCACCAACACCACCACCAAGGGUGGAGCUCCAGCAACACCACCACCCAGGGUGGAGCUCCACCAACACCACCACCAAGGGUGGAGCUCCAGCAACACCACCACCUAGGGUGGAGCUCCACCAACACCCACCACCACCCAGGGUGGAGCUCCACCAACACCACCACCUAGGGUGGAGCUCCACCAACACCACCACCAAGGGUGGAGCUCCAGCAACACCACCACCCAGGGUGGAGCUCCACCAACACCACCACCUAGGGUGGAGCUCCACCAACACCACCACCUAGGGUGGAGCUCCACCAACACCACCACCAAGGGUGGAGCUCCAGCAACACCACCACCCAGGGUGGAGCUCCACCAACACCACCACCUAGGGUGGAGCUCCACCAACACCACCACCAAGGGUGGAGCUCCAGCAACACCACCACCCAGGGUGGAGCUCCAGCAACACCACCACCUAGGGUGGAGCUCCACCAACACCACCACCUAGGCCGGGCCCCCCAGGAGUAGCAGUAGGAACCUCUGGGGGAGGAGAAUAGUGUGGCCUCCAGGUUGUAGAGGUUAGGCCAGGAGGAGGUCCCAACGAGUAGGAAGGAAGGAAGGAAGGAAGGAAGGAAGGAAGGAAGGAAGGAAGGAAGGAAGGAAGGAAGGAAGGGUUCAGGAGAGGUAGCAGGAGUGCGGAGGUGUCAUAAGGGGCUCAGUCCUGAAGCCACUGUCAUUGUCUUGGUAAAAUAGUCCAGUUCCAACCCCCCUUCUGCCUGUGUCUCGAUCAGAUGGCGAGUGCUUCCAGAGAGGGAAAUCAAAGAGUCGAGGUAGUGUUUGACCUCAUCCUAAAAUCAUUGAAUAUUAAUGACUUAUUCCGAUUAAAAUACUGUUUGCCCCAAAUUAUUACACGGCGAUGUUUGUAAAAAUACAGCGUGAUUUGUUCUCUAACAUUUGGUACACACGGUUCUAUUUCUCAUGUUCUGUCAAAUUUAGAAAAUGAUAAAAAUACACAGAUUUGCAUAUGCAUUAUGAUAAAUCACAAAACAACAUUAAUGUUUUCAGUACAACCCAAAUUAUGAAGAAGUUACCUCUGAUAGUGUUUGAUAGAAUAAUAUAAUUUUAAUAUGUGAAAAUGCUUUGCUAGAAUCUUGGCGGUUAACGUUGUACCUCUUGUAUUCGAGCAGGCCUUCUACUGUAUAAUUUCCAGCGAAAGUACUUGCUUUGGUAGCAUUCACAGUACGAGAGAAAGAAGAUGAAUCCAUCUAAAAUAAAAUCUGAUGUAACCUGUAUAUUCCAGCCAUAUCUGCCUUGUAUUUCAGCUUCUAUAAGCGUUGAUUUCUUUCCAGAUAACAAUAAUUCUUGGCUCUGAACAAUGUGAUACUGUAAUCUUCAGCCAGCAAACUACAUUCAUAGUUUGAUGGCAGUAACAUUCCCGGAAAGCACUUAAAGAGUUUCAAAAUGUGAAAGCCAUGCCUUUAUAAAAAGUUUGUUAUUAAAGAUCAAAUGUUAUAAAAUGUGCUGCGUCACAUUCUUUUAAUAGCUAAUAAAGAGCGGAUUAAG